AUGGCUGAUGCUCUACUUCACUGUUUCCUACUGUCCUGCGAGUCUGAGACAGGUAGUGCCACAGUCGUUAAUCGAUCGAUGUAAAGUGGCAGUCGUGUAGUGAUGGAGGAUAACAUAUAGUUAAACAUGUCUGACACAAGAAGACGAAAGGGUAAAGGUGGAGGUCGUAAUGCAGACCCAAGGUCAAGAUCAAAGACACCGACACAGAACGGAAGUGAUGAGGAAGCAUCUGACAUGGUUACGACCAUCUUCAAGAAUGUGGUGCUGGGGGUGAUCGCGAUGUGUGUGUGCGGCUACGCCCAUGCAUGGCUGAUGUACACACUGCAUGAAAACAGACUGUGGUUCACAAACAUCAAGGAGGUGGAGAGAGAAAUAUCAUUCCGUACAGAGUCUGGCUUGUACUACUCCUACUACAAACAGAUGGUCAAGGCUCCAUCUAUAGCACAAGGUAUCUAUGACCUGAUGAAUGACAAGGUGACGGAACACCCAAGUGUUAUCAACAUCCUGGAAAGAAUGAACAUCUACCAGGAGGUGGUCCUGGCUAUCAUGUACAGAGUACUGGGUGUCAAGAUGCUGCCGAUUCUCUUCUACAUCAUCUGUACCUUUGCACUCCAUGCCCUGUUGGUGGCAGCCCUCUUCACAUCUGCAUGGGUUGUCAGUGGGACCUGGCUAGCUGGCGUCCUCACAUCAGGGUUCUAUGUUGCCAACAGGAUUGACACAACUCGUGUGGGUUACACCAUUCCCCUGAGGGAGAGCUUCUCCCUACCAUUCCUCUGGGUCCAGGUGACUGCCAUUACAAUCUACUUCCAGGCUGGAGCCAUUUCAAAACUCAAAGAAAAAGUGCUACUGUCUGUCAUCUUGACUUCCACAUUCCUCUUCGCACUGUGCUGGCAGUUCAACCAGUUUGUCUUCCUGCUGCAAGUGUCCACAUUGUUCGGUGUCUGGAUCCUUGGAAUCAUCCCAGCAUACAAGGUACGCAACAUGCUGCAUGUGAUGCUGGCGACCAUGCUGCUGGUAUGCCUCUUCCAGUUCAUCAACAAAAUGAUCCUCGUGUCCCUCGGGAUGAGUCUAGUCCUAGCUUCCUACGCUGUCAUGUACAUCAAGGGGGAUGUGGAGAGAGCUGGCGGCGUUAUAAAGGGAAUCGUGACGACAGUCGUCUACAGUGUGCUAGUGCUGGUGUUGGCGGGAGUCAUCACAACGCUACUCAAGCUCUUGCUGCAAGUUGACGCUGAUGACCACAUAUUCAAAUUCCUGAGUUCAAAGUUUGGUUAUGGGAACCAGAGAGACUUUGACUCACGACUAUACCUGUGUCUCGGGGCGUUCGACUUCCUCACAGUAGACACUUAUCAGCGCCUGACGUCUGGGCUCGUGUUCCCGCCAUAUGUCCUGUGUCAUGCUGCCAUGUUCAUUGCACUGUUCAUCGCUAUCAUUCAGAACUUCAGGAAAUCAUCUGAAGUUAAGAUGGCUGCCGAACCAGCAACAAAUGGCAAGAAGCAGUCUGCAGGUGACAAGGUCAUGGUCACAGAGACACCACACACACACCUUCUCAGCAAACGACCAGAAGUGGCCUAUAUAGCAAUCCAGACGUUGUUGUUUGGUCUGCUGGCCAUGUCCACACUGAGGAUGAAGUACCUGUGGACGCCGUACAUGUGUGUGCUGGGAAGCGUGGCCUUUGUGGACAAGGACAUGUGGAAGGCUAUCAUGCAGAAGUUCAACCUGAAGGAAUUUUCCGUCCAGAUGCUGAGAAACUCAGCUCUCAUCGUCGUCAUGGCAGCCUUGUUUGCCAGGGAAUGGCCAACAGUGAAAGUUGAGCUUAAUGACCUGCGGGAAUUCUACGACCCAGACACAGUGGAUCUGAUGGAGUGGAUCAACAAGGAUGUUCCCACGACCUCCUCCUUCACCGGCAGCAUGCAGCUCCUGGCUGGGGUAAAGCUGUGUACAGAGAGACCCAUCACCAACCACCCUCACUACGAGCACAAGGGACUCAGGAUAAAGACCAAAGAGCUGUACCAGAUAUAUGGCAAGCGUGAACCGGCAGACGUCCAUGCUAUCCUAAAGAAACACAAGAGUAACUACAUCAUCCUUGAGGAUUCCAUUUGCCGUGCGGCCUCCACCGGCUGCCGUGUGCCCGACCUCAUAGACUUUGACAAUGGACAGGUGCCAGACAAUGGAAACAAGGAAGAUGGUCUGGAGUACAGCAACACCCCACGCUUCUGUGAAAACAUACGACAUGAUCAACCAAAUUAUACCAAAUAUUUCAAGAAAGUAUUCGAGAACAAAACGUUUCGAGUUCACCAAGUUCUCUGAUACAGAAAACUGAAAUGAAUAAGUAGUCAUACCACAUACAUUCAUAUUGUCAUCAGAAAUCCCAAAGGUUGUGAUUGCAUAAUUCUAUUUUUUGGUCUUCUUUUUUCACCUUGUUCCACAAUCUCCAUGUUUAUUUUUAACCCAUGACAAUUUUUUCAUGAACAAAAAUGUAAACACUCCUUUUGAGUCUCACUAGCUGACUUAUAACUCUGUUUACCCCUAUGCUCAAUGUUAACUAUUAUUGAAA